AUGGCAAAUCAUCUGCUUCGUGGCCUCCGUAAACGUUCUGUGUUUUCACUCCUCAAGUCAUCUUCUUCCAAUUGUCUCUGUUUAAGGUCCAUCCUCCACAACACACAACCAAUUUUCACUCUUUCCAGACCUAUAUUUCCAUUAAAGCCGUCAAAUUCAUGGUGGGUGUUCAGAAACUUCAGUCAUGGUUCUGUUAACUUUGUGAUAUCCCAAGGAAAACCAAAGUUCGAGACUCAUGAAAUCGAGCCUCCGAAGAAGGAGAAGUGGAAGACGAAGAAGAGGUUGAAGCUUCAAAGAAAGAAAGAAAAACAGCGAAGAAAAGCUGCCAAUAAGAGAGACCCAAGAAGGAUUGGUGUUAAAGGGAGGAAGAAGAGGCAGAGGUUUGCAAAUGCGGAGGAAAGAAUUAAGUACAAACUUGAAAAGGUGAGCAAAAUUGGAUCUUUUCCGAGAUACAAAUGUAUUUUUUGGGUAAAAUGGUUUUAUGUGUUUCCAUAAUUUCCUUAUUUAUACGAUGUCUGGGUUUUCUCGAAUUAGGUGUAAUUUAUGAUAUUAUCGUAAUUACAUGUUAAUGUAUUCCAUCGGUUUUAGUAUGAUCACAAUAGAUGCAUUAGGAAAAUGACACCUUCAUAAUAGUUAAUAGGUUGUUUCUGCUUUAUCUGCAAUAGAAAAGCUAUUUAUUCUCUACCCAGUUCUUCUUUUAAUGCUUGGUUUGGACUUUGUCAUUGGGGAUUUGUUUUGUUUUUGAGAAUCUGUGGCUGCUCUAUACAUUCUUUAUUGUACAUGUUUUGUAAUAGUCUGCCCAAUUGUAUGCUUUGAUUAUGCAGUGUAAUUCCUCCCAGACAAUGGAUUUACCUUUUGCAACUUGUGAGUUAUGAAAAUUGUUGCAGCGACCCUGGAAGUGCUUCUUGAACAAUACUUUCAUAGAAAUGGUGAAAUUUUUAUUCACUUUUAUAGAGAAUUUAUCUGUAAAAUAGCAUUUUUUAAAAUGUAAGUGUUGGCUAAUAAGCCAAAUUACAAAGUGUCUUGGGUUAGAAAAUAUUUGUCCACUGGAAUUUGGGAAAUGCAUAUAGUCCUUAGGACAGUUUAUCAGUUCAUAGGAGGUCUAUCCUAACCUAAUUUCUUAGAGUUAAGAGAAUAUGUUAGGA